AUGUAUAUUUCUCAAGGCCAAAUUAUAGAUGAAAACUGCCAACAUGUUGAUAAUUUAAUGACAUUAGGUUCGUUCAUUAAUUUAUUGUUUUUGUUUACUAACGAAAUUUAUUCAACAGUUAUGAAACGUCAAUUUUUAAUAACAAAUAACUUGAAACUCACAAUCACUAACGUUAACAGAGUCAUUGAUAACGUUACUGAUUAUUAUACAGCAUUAAGAUUCGGAUAUGAUUUAGGAAAACCUUUCCCUGACUUUCAAGGAUUAAUGAAGGUUGCAUUGGAAAGAUGUCAUCGUGGAGAAAUGCCAAAGACUUAUUUAGAAACUUUUAAUUGCAUGGAUGGGGAUCAAUUGAUCAAAUAUGCUUCUCAUUUCGUUCACUCUUGUGUUGAUAUUGAUGUUAAUGUUGCUCCUAUUUUCCCUAUCAAUACAAAUAGGUUAGAAGCCGGUAAUAUAUUGUUUGUUUAUAGAUUGAAUGAUGAAGUAUUAUUCAGAGGAACUAAAGCAUCAAGAACAUCUAUCGAUGAUUUAUUACAUUCAAGUUAUCAAGUUUACUUGUCAUCUAUUAUUGUUUUGUUGAUUGUUAUUUCAUUUUUAUAUAUGUUCGUUUUUAUCAUUUGUUCAAAGAUCGAAAAGAAGUUGAAAUUCACUUUGAAGUUGUUACUUUCUAGUGCCAAGACAGCUAUUCAAAACAGUUUUGUCUUGAGUGUUUUGUCAGGACAUUUUGCAAGAUCAAGUGUGGAUUCAAGUAUGAGAGAUGAUGCGUUUUAUGAUAAUUUGGUUGAUAAUUUACCCAAUGUGAUAAUAGUUACUCAAAAUAGCAAAAUAAUAUCAGCUAAUAAAGCUGCAAAUGAAUUGUUUAAUGAUGAUAAACUCGUUGGACAAACAAUUUCCGACUUAUUUUCUUCAUUUUCUCCUGAAUCAGAAGCAAAAAUGAAAAAUUUAUUCGACACAACAGUUAAAACCGCAAUGGUUAAUGUCAGAAACAACAAUAAUACCACUGACAAACAGUACUUACAGAUAACUAGACUAUCACACGUUAAUAAUGAUAAUAUUUCAGUGUUCAGAAUCACAAACAACACUCAGAUUUAUUUGUAUAAUAAAUUGAUUUUGGAAGAAAGAUCAAAAAGUGACAAAUUGCUAUCGUCCAUUCUUCCAUCAUCAUUAGUUCCAAGGGUUCAAUCAGGAGAAACAAAUAUCUCAUUCUCUGUACCAACAUGUGCUGUUUCUUUCAUAGAUAUUGUCGAAUUCACCCCAUGGUGCUCAAGUAAUUCCGCUCAAGUUGUUACCGGAGUUUUGAAUGACAUUUUCUCGAAUUUCGAUGCAAUUGUAAAAGAAUUACAAUACAUGGAAAGAAUUAAAUGCAUUGGAGAUUGUUAUAUGUCAUACUGUGGUGUUUUCAGCGAUGUUCCAAAUGCUUUGACUUUCGCAAGAAAUAUUGUUGAUUUUGGAUUAAGAGCAAUUGAUGCUAUUAAGAAUAUAAAUGAAACGAGAGAAACUAAUCUAAGAGUUAGAGUUGGAAUACACAUUGGUGGACCUGUUGUUGCUGGUGUUAUUGGUGUUGGAAAACCAACAUUUGAGAUCUUUGGUCCUUCAAUUUCUUUCGCUCAACAGAUGGAACAUUCUGGAGUGCCGAUGAGAGUUCAUGUGUCAAGAGCGAUAUAUGAAUUGAUAUAUGGAGGAAAUUACAAGAUAGAAGAAAGAGGAGAAAUUCAAAUCAAGCAAGGAAAAGUUGUAACUUAUCUUGUUGAUAAGAUUUAA